GAGUAGAAAAGCACUAUAUAAGAACCACUCCAAAUAACCAAUUGCCCUUUGGAACUUUGACCUCUCCAUGAUCCAUAUUGUUUCCUCUCUUUCAGGGAUAAACACCACAGCUGGACAGGACGCCACUCUGACAUGUCGAGCUCCAAACAACAACAACAUCAUAGUUGUAGAGUGGAGCAGAGCUGACCUGAAGGAAGAAUAUGUCCUUAUGUACCGGGACGGUCACUUUGUUCCAGAUGAACAGCAUCCAUCUUUUAAGAACCGGGUGGAUCUGCAGGACAGACAGAUGAAGGAUGGAGACUUGUCUCUGAUUCUGAAGAAUGUGACGACUGCUGAUAGUGGAACAUACGAGUGUCGCAUCUUCACGAGAGGAGCGAACUGCAGGAGAGCUCAUCUGAAGACUCCCCCCAUCAGCAUCAUCUCCCUGAGUGUCGUUGAUCCUCCAGGUCAGACAGGACAAGUCCCAAAGAUCAUUAGAAGGCGUCAUGGACUCUUAGCUGGGUAA